AGGAUUUGGAGGGUAAUUUCGAUUUAAUAAUAGAAAUUUUUUUUUUUCAAAAAAAAAGGAAAAAGAAAUAAAUAAAGUGAUUAUCGUUAAUCAAUUAGCGAGAUAGGCAGACACGCAUCAGCCUUGGGCAGGGGAGACGGAGUUUUCCUCAACGACAAGAUGACGAGUCGAGUGACAAGGUCGAGGAGACAACCACCUCAGCAGCAGCAGCAGCAGCAGCAGCAGCAGCAGCAGGAGCAAGAGCAGGAACAACAGUUGAGGGCUAAGUGGACAACUUCGCUGACUGGGGUACUUGUGGACCUGCUAGUUGGACAGGUUCAUAAAGGGAAUAGACUGAACAAUUCUUUCAGCAAAAAAGCAUGGAAGUCUAUCUGUGAUGCCUUCAACAGGAAAACGCAUUUGAAAUGGGACAAAGAGCAACUGAAGAAUAGAUUUGCGGUUUUAAGGAGGCAGUAUGCUCUUGUCAAGUGCCUGCUUGAUCAAAAAGACUUCACUUGGGAUGAAUCUACAGGGGCUAUUAUAGCUAAUGAUGAAGCUUGGGCUGAAUAUAUCAGGGGUCAACCUGAUACUGAAACGAUAAAAAGCAAUGGCUGCCCAAUUUACAAACAACUUUGUGUAAUAUUCUCAGAGCCAACAACCAAUGGAAAGUGUGAGCAAUCUGCUGAGCCCUUGAAUAUGAUUAAACUGGAAUCUUCAACAGAAUCUGAGGAGAUGGAUGAUGUGGAAAAAGAUCCGGAUGCAGUCCCAACUUCUACACCUGCUUCAAACAGCAAUCGCAAAAGAGGACGCAAAGGAAUUGAUGAUGCUAUUGCAGCAGCUAUAUUGGAGAUGGCAGCUGCUUCAAAGCUAAGGACAGCUGCAGUAAAACAACAUAACGCCAGGUAUAGCAUUGCUAGUUGUAUUAGAGAAUUGGAUGAACUGCAAGGGGUUGAAGAGCGAGUGUACUUUGCUGCCCUAGAGCUAUUCAACAAUCCCAGUGCACGGGAAAUGUUCUUGUCUCUCAAAAGAGACAAGCGCUUGACUUGGUUGUGCCACAAGUGUGUUGCUCCAUAUAACCUCUAGGUUGAUUGAGGUAAAAGCUGUGUUUAUUAGUUACUUGUUGAACUUAUGAAUACUAGACAAGAUUGCCUCUGUAAAUUUUGAGUACCUUAGUUUUUGUAAAUAUGUUAUUUUAAAAACACAUGCCCCAGUGUGUGAGGCCCUCAUUGAUUUGUUCCGGAGGUUGUCAUGUAAAAUGGUCUAUUUUCCACACAAGGGAACUUGGUUGAGAUACGAUCCAAAUGCUAUAGUCAAAUAAGACUGAGAAAAGGAU